AGAAGAAAGUGGGCGUUUUUCUGAACAGGCAUGUUCUCAGUGAGGCAACGUGAAGUAAGUUCAUAAAUGUGUAUUUGUAGUCAACGAGCCUAUCCCGGAGUCAAAACAUAACUCUACUUUUCUCUCGUAAGAUUUCAGCGCAACGUCUGCACGGACUCCCGAACCACUGCCUACACAGCCAGUACGAUAUGUGUAUUUCUCAACUGCACUUAGCUGGAAUGGAACAAGGAUGUGCGUGGCUUAGAAAAUAAAUAAUUGUGCCGUUAAUUUCUGAGCUGCCUAAGAGUCGCAAUGGCUAAUCAUAGUCUCUACGAUAACCGACAUAUUGUGGAAAAGUAUAUCUACCACAAGCUGUCGAAAAGGGGAUAUAGAUGGGAAUCCCACUUGUCUGAGGACCCUGCUUCAAAUGGUUUGGCGGACGCUCCGCGUCCCGUGCGUCGGAGUCAAGGCACGGAGUCAGGAGAAGACGGCGUUUGUCGUAACCCCCGUCCGCAACAUGACCCGUGCUCCCCUAUCCAUAAGGUUUUGCGCGAGGCCGGGGACGAACUAGAGAGAAUGUACCAGCCAGACUUUGCCGAAAUGUCUCUGAAACUGCAAAUAACGUCUAUCACGGCGCAACGGAGGUUUGUCGCCGUGAUAGACGAGCUUUUUAGGGACGGGGUCAACUGGGGUCGGAUAAUUGCCUUUUUCGAGUUUGGGGGAACUGUAUGCGUUGAAUGCGCCAACAAGGAGAUGACGUCGCAAGUGGAUAAUAUUGCGAGAUGGAUGACUGAGUACCUCAAUGGACCGCUUCACAGCUGGAUCCAAGAAAACGGAGGCUGGGACGCAUUUGUGGAACUGUAUGGCAGACAGAGGGAUUCAGUUUUUACCAGCUCUUGGUCGUCCAUAGUAACAGUCUUUGGCCUGGCCGCUCUGGGAGCAGUGGGUUUCACCAUCGGAGCCUACCUUGCUCAGAAAUGAA